AUGGGCAAUUGCUUGAGGACCCAUUCAUCAAGAUCGUGGGUUGAUGACGAUGAAGAUGACUUUGGUCUCAUUGGUGAUCAGACGCCGGAGUUGAGGCCGUUCAUACGCGGCCGGAGCUCUGCCGAUGGGGAAUUCCAAGGGACGGGUGGAGAGUUUGGGUUCGGGGAUCACAAGGGUCAUGAUCAGAAGGUGAUAUCGACAGAGGUUAAGAUCAAGGUGACAAAGAAGCAGCUGGAGAAGCUGGUGAGCUUGGUGGGGAUGCAGGGCAUAUCCGCCGAAUUACUGUUGGAGACGGUGGCGAGCUUGGGGUGUACAGAAAGCGAGACUCGGCACAAGCACUGGAGGCCGGCCUUGCAGAGCAUUCCGGAGGUGGACUGA